CCAAGCUCUUCAUCUGCAGCAGGAAUGGCGAGGGAUCCUUCCUCUGUACACGGUCUCAGGAAGUCCCCUCCAUUGCCAGCAAGAGGUACAGGACUGCCUACCACUUCCAGUCUCCCAAGAACUGGAUCAAUGGUAUAGUUUGUGGUAUCAUUACAAACUGCUUGCGUGUCAAAAAUAACAAUAGGCGAAAAAGGUUGGUGGCCAACUCGUUGCUUUUGCAAGUAUGUUGCUGAAUGCUGUACGCAAUAGAUGAUCAGCAUAAGGUGCUGCAGUCAGAUUUUGAGGAAUACUAACAUAAUAUCAUGAUAGUCAUAUUCUUUUAGAUGAUUGCACAAAGCAGAUGUAUUCAGUUGCAGAAAUGGUAAAUCAAUUUCAGAGUAAGAGUUUCUCUCAGAAUGUGAUGCUUACUAUUUGCUCCCCUGUUAGUGUUACUUUUGGUCAGAAAGCAUUCAGUUAAAGUGUGAUGUUUAUUUUCUUCCAUAACAGAUCUAAUGACAACACCUGUCUGAAACUAAACAAAUCUCUUAUACCAAGACAAAAGUAAUGAAGUACUGACCUGUUUUGAAAUCCAGAAUAUAUCUUUAGUCCUGCUUUAUCAGUUAUCCUAUACUAUUAAUUGUACAUCUGUUGCAAGUCAUUGACCUUCGCUCACUUUUUUUCAAAUAUGUGAUGGAUUGCCGAUCCUUGGAAAUAUACGACAACACAAAAGAUCCAUGUGGACCCAUGUACUACAAUGGCAUCUACCAUGAAUUCUACCAGUAUAACCCCGGUGGUACCAUCGCGGAUAACAUAGUUUGGGGCCAUUCAGUUUCAACCGACCUCAUCAACUGGAUCCAGCUUGAACCCGCAAUAGUACGGGAUACCCCAUAUGACAUAAAUGGUUGCUGGACCGGCUCAAUCACAAUUCUACCUGGUGAUCAGCCUGUCAUCAUAUACACCGGUCGUGACUCGAAGGAUCAUCAGAGCCAAAACAUUGUGCUUCCCAAAAACCGAUCUGACCCAUACCUGAGGGAAUGGACCAAAGCAGACAAUAACCCCAGGAUCCUACCGGUCGGACCAGGCUUGAACUCGACUGAGUUCAGGGAUCCGACAACUGGUUGGAUCGGACCGGAUGGACUAUGGAGAAUAGCAAUUGGUGCUGAGCUGAAUGGUUACGGUGCCGCACUGUUGUACAAGAGUGAAGACUUUCUGAAUUGGACUAGAGUUGAUCACCCACUGUAUUCAGACAAUGCUCCAUCAAUGUGGGAGUGCCCAGAUUUCUUCGCGGUAUUGCCAGGCAAUAACGGUGGACUGGACCUGUCUGCAGCGAUCCCGAAAGGCGCCAAACAUGUCCUGAAAAUGAGUGUGGAUUAUUCUGACAAGUACAUGAUAGGGGUUUAUGAUCUCAAACGUGAUGCGUUUGUUCCGGAUGUUGUCCUAGAUGACCGUCGGCUGUGGUUGAGGAUGGAUUACGGCACUUUCUAUGCUUCAAAAUCCUUCUUCGACUCGAAAAAGGGCAGGAGGAUCAUAUGGGGUUGGUCCAACGAGACAGAUAGUGUUUCAGAUGAUGGCGUGAAAGGUUGGGCAGGCAUCCAUGCAAUCCCCAGGACAAUUUGGUUAGACAGCGAUGGCAAACAGUUGCUGCAAUGGCCGAUUGAUGAGAUUGAGUCCCUUCGAAAAGAUGAAAUCAACCAUCAAGGACUAGAGCUGAAGAACGGAGACCUAUUUGAGAUUAAGGGAAUUGACACUUUGCAGGCUGAUGUUGAAGUAGAUUUUGAGCUGGCGUCCAUCGACAGCGCCGAUCCUUUUGAUCCUUCCUGGCUUUUUGAUGUCGAGAGGCAUUGCCGGGAAGCAGGUGCAUCGGCUAAAGGUGGCAUAGGGCCAUUUGGACUUGUUGUCCUGGCCUCUGACAACAUGGAGGAGCACAUUGCUGUGCACUUCAGAGUUUAUAAAUCGCAGAAAAGCCACAUGAUCCUCAUGUGCUCUGAUCUAAGAAGGUCUUCUCUGAGAUCAGGACUGUACACACCAGCCUAUGGAGGCUUCUUCGAAUUUGACCUUGAAAAGGAAAGGAAGAUAUCUCUCAGAACUCUGAUUGACCGGUCGGUGGUGGAGAGCUUUGGCGGCGGUGGUAGGGUCUGCAUAACAGCCAGGAUUUAUCCAGUGGCACUUGUCGAUGGCAGGGUCCACAUGUAUGCCUUCAACAAUGGAAGUACCACGGUCAGGGUGCCACAACUCAGGGCAUGGAGCAUGAUGACAGCACAAGUGAAUGUGAAUAAGGGUUGAAGUGAUGGUUAACACAGAAGAGCAGUUUCAUUUUCUUAAUUAGCGUACUCUCAUUCAGCACUCCUUGGUACAAUUGAAAGGAAAUUCGACACGAAGUAGUUGGUCAUUUCUCGAUCUCAAGUAUUAAUACAUUAUUUGGUAGAAACGAAGGAGGUAGUAAUAACAUCUAGUGACUCGGAGGACUUCAAAUGAUAUUUCUUGAACUCAAGUAUUAUUAUUUGAAGGGGUGAAUUUACUGAUAGGGGUAAAUGCCCCCUUGUGUCAGCUGUUCAAUCAUAUAUGAACACACCAGCCUUCGUGCAAUACAUGACACGGUUAAACA